AGUAAACUGUCUAAUUUGAAACUUAUUUUGUACCCUUCAAUAAUUAAUCAAUAUCCGAGACUUUCGCGUAUACCAAUAUUUCUUUUAAUAUGUAAAUAUUUUGGAUCAAAAAUCUUACGUGAUGCAAACUAUUUCAUAUCGUCAAUUUCUUGUAAUCUUCGGAUUGUGGUGUAGCGCUAUCACCGAUGGUUUUAUUUUUGGUCAAAUGUCUGGAAUGAUUGACUCAUUACAUCAUGAUAAGGAGUUGAUGGGUUUAAGUGAAGAUGAUUUGUCAUGGAUAGCUUCGCUCCUGAACAUAACGUGUUUUUGUGGAAUUGCCAUAGUAGGAAUACUUGUUGAGACAUUAGGAAGGAAAAGAACAUUGAGUGCAGUUACAUCACCGAUCAUAUUAUAUUGGCUUAUUGUCUCCUAUGGCCAAAAUAAAUUUACAUUACUUUCUUCUCGAAUUUUAAUAGGCUUUUUUUAUGGUGGAAUUUUAUUACUAAUUCAUAUUUCCAUUGGAGAAUACAUGCCACCUGUAUUAAGACCGAUAUUAUCGAAUAUCAUAUCUUGUAUAGGAAUAUCCACAGGCACUUUAAUUGGACAUAUUCUUAGCAUUUUAUUGAAUUGGAGAACUGUUGCCCUCAUUGGAAUAUUACCAACAACCUUGUCAGCAAUUUUACCAUUUUUUUGGGUGGAAAGUCCCUCAUGGUUGGCAUCCAAAGGCCUAUAUGAAGAAUGUGAAAAUUCUUUCAAAACAUUAUAUAAAAAAAACAAUGUAUCACAAGAAGUUAAAAUGCUAGUUAAUACAGAGAAACAAAAACAAAAAGGUCCAAAUCGUACUUCAGAAUAUUUGAAAAAUAUUAAAAUGGCUUGUAGACAAAAAUAUUUUUGGGAAGUAACGUUCCUAGGAAUUGUAACGAACUUAUAUAGAGUUGCCAGUGGACGCAUUUUAUUUGGAACGUUAGCUAUAACAAUAUUAAAAGAAAUCACGAAAAGUACAGAUAUUUUAUAUUUCACAUUUUUUGUUGACGGUUUUGUAAUAAUAGGCUAUCUUAUAUCAUGUGCUCUUUUGUGCAAAUUCAAAAUGAAAACUCUUUUACUUACGUUAGGAGUAGUUGCAAAUUUAUUUCUCAUAUCACUUGCAUCUGUUCUUUAUGGUUUUUCUGCAAGUAAUGUUUAUAUGGCAUGGAUCAAAGUUUUUCUAUUAGCUCUUUAUUUUACCAGUGUAAGUGCAGGUCCGCUUCCUGUAUUAGAAACGAUUUUAACUGAAAUAUUCCCCUUGAAAAUAAAAGCGUUUUGUAUUACGAUUCAAGGAUUUAUAUGUGGUAUUUUUCAGUUUCUAAGUGUCAAGAUGUCUCCAAGUAUGUUUUUGGAAAUAGGUUAUCACGGAGUUUUUAUUACCCACUCGUUAGUAAUGUUUCUAUGUUUAAUAUAUUUAUGGAAAUUUCUACCGGAAACGAAUAAGAGAACUUUACAAGAGAUAGAAAUGUAUUUUAAAAAUAAGGAAUACCCUAACAAUAGCGACAAUCUAAGAGACUUUCAAACAGAAAUCACUUAAAAAUAAUAAAUAGGCUGAAAGUUGCUGCCAAAUAUUCCAAAACUAUACAUAUUAAUAAUAAUAUUAAUAAAACUGAAAGUUUUUAGAAAAUAGGUGGUGGAUAGCAAAUAUUUUUAGGAAAUUUUAAAUGUAAUAAAUAUUUGUAUGGUAAAUUAUAUAUACAUGGUGGCAAAAUUUAUUUACUUCUAUUGGUUUUAAAAAAGGUCAUGAUAUUAUUAAGAAAUUUGCUCAAAAUCAAUGAAAGUAUAAAAGUUCUUACAAAUUUAAAUUGUUACCUCUUUUCUUUCGGAUUUUUA